UACCCUGUGAUUUUGUCUGCGAAGUUUCGAUCGUAUACAACUAGUCAUGGCUCCACCGGCUGCACGGCAGCGAUAUAAUGCAAAUAAAUCAGAUAAUGGAGUUAUUUUUACAAAAAAACCUAAAAGGAUUGAUCACAACCAAAGAAAAGAUAUCAAAAAGAAAGACAAUGGAUUAAAAACAGGGACUCCUGUGGUUGCAGAUGCAAAGGCUGCUUCUCUGAUACCGAGUGUAGAAACUGCUUUUAAGACGUUAAUUAGCGCAAGAUUAUGUAGUGCCAUUUGGGCAUAUAUAGCUGAUUGCGACGAGACGUUCAAUUAUUGGGAGCCACUGCAUUACAUCAUUAACGGGCAUGGAAUGCAAACAUGGGAAUAUAGUCCAGAGUUUGCUUUACGGUCUUAUACAUAUCUACUAGUGCAAGGAGUACCAGGGUGGUUAUAUCAAAAACUAUUUAACCCUAGUCCAAUACUUAUAUUUUACAUGAUACGAUGUAUGUUAGGAUUUGGUUGCGCUGUUAUGGAACGCUUUAUGUACAAGUCCAUUUGUCAAGAAUUCGGAAUACAUAUAGGACGAUUAUGGCUAAUAUUUCAACUUUUUAGUGUGGGAAUGUUUGUAUCUAGCACAGCGUUACUGCCGUCUUCUUUCUCGAUGUACUUUGGAUGUGCAGCUCUUGCUGCGUGGUGGCAAUUGAAAUAUAGUCUUGCAAUAUUUUUCGUUGCCAUUUCCACACUUCUUGGCUGGCCCUUUGGAGGUUUGAUUGGCUUACCUAUAGCUAUAGAUAUACUUUUGAAAAAACGAUUGUGGAAAACGUUUUUGAUCUGGAGUGUCAUUUCUGCAAUAACCAUCGGCAUACCCAUGGUUGUUAUUGACAGCACCUAUUACGGGAAAUUAGUAAUAGCUCCUAUAAACCUAGUGUUUUAUAACGUUUUUACCAGCCAUGGUCCGAACAUUUUUGGAACGGAACCGUUGAAAUAUUAUUUAAUUAAUGGGUUUUUGAACUUUAACAUCAUUUGGCUGCUUUGUCUUGUUACACCGAUUGCACUGGUAAUCGAUCACUUCGUAGUGCCAGCAAAACACAAAUCAACACUUAACUUCCCACGUUACUUGUCUUUGGCUCCACUUUAUCUCUGGCUGUUGGUGUUUUUCCCACAACCUCAUAAAGAAGAACGUUUUCUUUUUCCAAUUUAUCCAAUGAUAUCAUUAUGUGGCGCAAUCACUGUUGAUGUGCUUCAGCGCCUUUUCUUUCGGAUAAAAUCUUUGAUCCUGAAGAGCAAAAUAGCAGUGGGUUCCCAUUAUUUGGACCACACUAUGUUCAUAGCAAUUUCUGUAAUGAUUUUAAGUACAUUAUUUGGUUUAUCAAGAGUAUUUUCUUUGUAUCGAAAUUAUCACGCACCGAUGGAUAUCUUCAUGGAAUUAAAUCAGUUUGCGACUUCACAAGAAUAUCAAGAUGAUCGAAUAUAUAAUGUAUGCAUUGGAAAGGAUUGGCAUCGUUAUCCGGGAAGCUUCUUUUUGCCACCCAAUAAUUUCCGUUUACGCUUUUUAAAAUCAGAGUUUCGAGGCAUGUUACCUGUUUACUAUGCUGAUGGUGAAAAUGCUACACAAGUACUGCAUCCAUAUUUUAAUGACAUGAAUAAGGAAGACGAAAGGACUUAUUUCAAUUACAAUAGCUGCGACUUUCUAAUAUAUUUUGAUGAAGGAAAAUAUACAGACCUGGAACCAAAUUAUUCCAGAUUCACCAAAGAUUGGACGGCAUACAAAACUUUACCUUUUCUAAUACAAGAAAAUUCACAUAAACUUUUUAGAGCAUUUUAUAUACCAUUCCUUACAGAUAGCUAUACGACUUACGGAGAUUUUAAAUUAUUAAAGCGAAAAAGACAAAAGUAAA